UUCAUACAAGUCCCGGAUCCUUCUCCAAUCGGCCGGCGGAUUAUCAUAGAUCUUUGAGAAGCUUUGCAACUUGGUGUCUAGAGGUACCGAAAACCCAAAAGCUGCACAUUGUCCAUUUAGAAGGACGUUGACCAUAGCAUCACUGAUGGUACAUGGAUACAGGAGGCCCAAAAAGUUCCGAAGAGAACGUGAAAUCCACGAAUGCAAAUGUCCUGCAGGGAGCCUUUACCAAACGCGCUUGUCCAACGGCGGCAGGAAAUGUACCUCUAUGAGUGGCUUUUCCCCAGUCCAUCAUCGAAGUUAUUUAUCUAUAAAGCAGUGUCGUCCUCUUCCCGAUUUUCAGCCCCCGUAUUUGCUUCCUCCACUUUCUUUGGUCUCUGUCUCGACUGUCGCUGUUCAAGAUCUUUGCUACCACUUCCAUUCCUUAUCGUCCGCAUCGCCAAGAUGACUCGAAAAGGAUACUACACCCGUUGUUCCUGUCCGGCAGGAAAGCUUUCAGCACCGGGGGUACCAGAAUUUCUGGUUACUCAUAUUCAUCUCCCACCUCAGGACAAGUCGAGCGACUCCUCGCCUCCGCAUCGUGCUGAUAUGACGCGGCAGAACCCCGGUGUACCAUGUCAAUGCUCGACCGGACGUACCCGUCUCCCUGGACGGCCCGACAUAAUCGGUCUCCAUUUCCAUGGCUUGUCUCCGACGAACACGGGGGAUCGUGAGGCUUCAACUUUGGCUGAGGACGCCGCGAACUUCAACAAACGUGAUGAGGGAGAUAUAUGGUGGGCUGGAAAAGGAACACAAGACUCAUAGGUGAGAUUCACAUCCCUUCUUUCGUACAAUUACAGGCAAUGCCUGGCUCUUGAAUGUGCCAUGAAGCCCCAAUGGCGUUCUGCUUCUAGCUAAAGCUCUCAUUCUCUUCUAGAAUUCAGGAAACGAGGAUAUCGUGCUCGUGUUGGCCGCGACUGGUGUCAUUAUGGGUGUGGCAUUACUUCCCUUCUUUCCGGUGAUACUUCCCGCCUGU